AUGCCACAGACAUUCGAAACACAUGACAGAACAGCUGAACCAGAAGAUAUUUUCCACUCAGACACAGAUUUACUAGAAACAAUCGCUGCACAUCACGAUGUUUCUGAUCAAGUCCAAGCUCCUAAGCAAUUAUCUCCAAGCCAUAGUUCUGAAACUGGCGAUACGGGAAGCUCCAUGCAUGGAGUCUCGACAAAGACGACAGGCAAGUACGAUCUCCCGGUAGACUUGGAGGAUAAGGCAACAGUUUUCAAGAUCUUGUCUGUCGCUAAACCUCACAUGAGAACGUUCCACCUCUCGUGGAUUUCUUUCUCCACAUGUUUUGUCUCGACAUUCGCGGCUGCACCGCUUGUCCCGAUCAUUCGAGAGAAUCUCAACCUCACCAAACAAGACAUUGGAAACGCCGGAGUUGCAUCUGUCUCGGGGAGUAUCUUCUCUAGACUGGUGAUGGGAGCAGUGUGUGAUAUUCUUGGUCCCCGUUACGGCUGUGCAUUCCUUGUCAUGCUUUCUGCACCAACAGUGUUCUCAAUGAGCUUCGUUGGUGGAGCCGCAGGGUUCAUAACGGUGAGGUUCAUGAUAGGGUUCUGCCUGGCGACGUUUGUGUCGUGUCAAUACUGGAUGAGCACUAUGUUCACUAGUAAUAUCAUCGGUCUGGUGAACGGGACAGCCGCCGGGUGGGGAAACAUGGGCGGUGGAAUAACGCAGUUGCUCAUGCCGGUUGUCUAUGAAAUCAUAAGGCGUUGUGGUGCAACAGCAUUCACGGCAUGGAGGAUCGCCUUCUUUGUCCCUGGUUGGUUGCACAUCAUCAUGGGAAUCUUGGUGCUCACGCUAGGUCAAGAUCUCCCAGGUGGGAACCGAAAGGACAUGGAGAUAAGGGGAAAAGUUGUCAAAGACAAACUUGGAAAGAUCAUGUGGUGCGCCGUUACUAACUACAGAACUUGGAUCUUCGUUCUUCUUUAUGGAUACUCGAUGGGAGUCGAGUUGAGCACUGAUAAUGUCAUUGCCGAGUACUUCUUUGACAGGUUCCACUUGAAGCUUCACACAGCUGGAAUCAUAGCAGCAUCUUUCGGAAUGGCCAAUUUCUUUGCUCGUCCAGCAGGAGGCUAUGCAUCUGACAUGGCAGCCAAGUACUUCGGGAUGAGAGGGCGUUUGUGGGCUUUGUGGAUCAUUCAGACGGCCGGUGGUAUCUUCUGUGUGUGGCUCGGCCGCGCCAAUACCCUCGUUACUGCCGUUGUAGCUAUGAUCCUCUUCUCUUUAGGAGCACAAGCCGCUUGCGGAGCUACCUUUGCAAUUGUGCCUUUUAUCUCCAGGCGAUCCCUAGGCAUUAUCUCGGGUCUUACCGGGGCUGGUGGGAACUUUGGAUCAGGACUCACACAGCUCAUCUUCUUCUCAACCUCACGAUUCACAACUGAACAAGGGCUAACGUGGAUGGGAGUGAUGAUAAUCGCUUGCACACUGCCUGUGACCUUAUGUCGCUUUCCUCAAUGGGGAAGCAUGUUCUUGCCUCCUUCCACCGUUACGGCGGAGCAGUAUUAUGUUUCUGAGUGGAGUGAGGAAGAGAAGCAGAACAACAUGCAUUUAGGCAGCCUCGCCUUUGCCAAGAGCGCCGAGUCUGAGGGCGGCCGGAGAGCCCACUCAACGGUCAUUGUUUGAUUAAUCAAUGAUUUCAUUUAUGUGUAAUGGAACAAACUAUGGGAAAAUAAACAUAUUGUUUCCAUAUGCUUUUAUUGGGUUUUGCUUUUUG